AGUGAACUUAAUUACCUCUUAAAUCUACUAUGAUACAAUAAGUGAAACUUUUUCUAACCCAACAAUUUGAAGGUUGUGUUUCGGGCAGUCGUCUAAUUUUCUAAGUCCUCUGUUGUUGUCUCGUCUUCAUCAAAACUACAAAAGACAAAGCCCAGGAAGAGAAAACCAAAAAAAGUCAAGAAAAUAUUGAGUGAAGCGGUGAAAACAAGAGAAAAAGGUGGCUCCUUUUUGUUUCUGGAGAUGCGUUUUGUAGUGUAGUGUGACUCUUCUUUGAUUUGUAGGGCUUCUCUACUCGGAUUACGAGUUCGGCGUGUUUGAAUCUCAGUGGGGUUUUCUUCUUUCCUCAGAAAAAUUAUCCGAUUUGGGGAAAUGGGUGAUUGGUAUCAGUUUGCACAGUCUGUAAUAUUAGGUUUGAUCUUCGCUUACCUUCUAGCUAAGCUAAUCUCUAUCCUCGUCGCGUUUAAAGACGAGAAUCUCUCACUCACUCGCGACCACUCGACUGAAUCGGAGUAUGAGAACUUGCGCAAGGUCGAAUCUUCAACUGGGAUUGGCGGCGAGACAGAGUCUCUUGUGGCGGAGCAAGGUAGCUUGAGAGGUGAAGAAGAUGAUGAUGAAUCAGAUGAUGAGGACGACGAUGAUUGGGAAGGUGUUGAAAGUACGGAACUUGAUGAGGCAUUUAGUGCUGCUACGGCUUUUGUCGCUGCUGCUGCAUCUGACAGGCUUUCCCAGAAAGUAUCUAAUGAGUUCCAACUUCAGCUUUAUGGAUUGUAUAAGAUUGCUACUGAAGGUCCUUGUACGGCUCCUCAACCAUCAGCCAUCAAAAUGACUGCUCGUGCCAAGUGGCAAGCAUGGCAGAAAUUGGGUGCUAUGCCUCCUGAAGAAGCAAUGGAGAAGUAUAUUGAUCUUGUUACUCAAUUGUAUCCAGCUUGGGUAGAUGCUGGUUCGAAGAAAAAAAAUCGGACUGGUGAUGCUCCAGGCCCCAUGGGACCAGUUUUUAGCUCAUUGGUGUACGAAGAGGAAUCAGAAAAUGAGUUGAAGAUUGAUGCCAUACACGCCUUUGCUAGAGAAGGAGAAGUCGAGAAUCUAUUGAAGUGCUUAGAAAAUGGCAUACCCGUAAAUGCAAGAGAUAGCGAAGGUCGAACACCGCUGCAUUGGGCUAUAGACCGUGGCCAUAUGAAUGUUGCUAAAGCUCUAAUUGAUCAGAAUGCAGAUGUGAACGCUAAAGACAAUGAAGGCCAAACAUCUCUACAUUACGCUGUUGUCUGCGAAAGAGAAGCAAUCGCUGAGUAUCUAGUGAAGCAGAAAGCCGAUACAACCAUUAAAGACGACGACGGAAACUCGCCUCUUGAUCUCUGUGAAUCAGAAUGGCCUUGGAUGCUAGAGAAGAGAGAUUCCAAUUAGUCUCUAAAAAGAAUUGUGGUCUCUCAAAUCAAUGUCUCAAAUACUAGAUACUUGUCUUUUUCUUCUUUUUUUUUUUACCUUUCUUCUGAAUCUUUGCUUCCUCCAAAGUCAGUGUUUUUAACA